UCGCGCUGCAGCAGCAGCCGCCUCCAGGCCCUGCGCCGCCUCCGGAGUCCAUGGCCGGGACGCGCUGGGUGAUCGGGGCGCUGCUCCGGGGCUGCGGCUGCAACUGCAGCAGCUGCCGGCGCACCGGUGCCGCCUGCCUGCCCCUCUGCUCGGCCGCCGGCUCCUUCCCCUCGGGCGUCUCGGGCCGUCGCCGCCUGCUGCUGCUGCUCGGGGCCGCCGCCUCUCAGACGCGGGGCCUCCAGACCGGGCUUGCGCCCGCCGGGAGACUGGCGGGGCCUCCCCCCGCAGCCACCUCCGCCGCUGCCGCGGCCGCCGCCUCUUACCCGGCCCUGCGCGCCCCUCUGUUGCCGCAGUCGCUGGCGGCGGCCGCCGGCCCGGCGCGGGGCUACAGCCAGGAGUCUAAAACGACCUACCUGGAAGACCUUCCACCUCUCCCUGAGUAUGAAGUGGCUCCGUCCAAGUUAGGGCAGGAAGUGGAUGUGGAUGAUGUUUAUCUCAUUCGAGCUCAAGGUUUACCGUGGUCGUGCACUGUAGAAGAUGUGCUUCACUUUUUCUCAGACUGCAGAAUCCGCAAUGGUGAGAAUGGAAUACACUUCCUCUUAAAUAGAGAUGGGAAGCGAAGAGGUGAUGCCUUAAUUGAAAUGGAGUCAGAGCAGGAUGUGCAAAAAGCCUUAGAAAAGCACCGCAUGUACAUGGGGCAGCGGUACGUGGAAGUAUAUGAGAUAAAUAAUGAAGAUGUGGAUGCCUUAAUGAAGAGCCUGCAGGUCAAAUCUUCACCUGUGGUAAACGAUGGCGUGGUCCGUUUGAGAGGCCUUCCUUAUAGUUGCAAUGAGAAAGACAUUGUAGACUUCUUUGAAGGACUGAAUAUAGUAGACAUUACUUUUGUCAUGGACUACAGAGGGAGAAGAAAAACAGGAGAAGCCUAUGUGCAGUUUGAAGAACCAGAAAUGGCCAACCAAGCCCUGUUGAAACACAGGGAAGAGAUCGGUAACCGAUAUAUAGAGAUAUUUCCAAGCAGAAGGAAUGAAGUGCGAACACAUGUUGGUUCUCACAAGGGGAAAAAAAUUGCAUCUUCUCCUACUGCUAAGUAUAUAACUGAGCCAGAAAUGGUCUUUGAAGAACACGAAGUAAAUGAGGAUAUUCAGCCCAUGACAGCUUUUGAAAGUGAAAAGGAACUAGAAUUGCCUAAGGAGAUGUCAGAAAAGCUUCCAGAGACUGUUGAUUUUGGAACUACGUCUUCACUACAUUUUGUCCACAUGAGAGGAUUGCCUUUCCAAGCCAAUGCCCAAGAUAUUAUAAACUUUUUUGCUCCACUGAAGCCUGUUAGAAUCACCAUGGAAUACAGUUCCAGUGGGAAGGCCACUGGAGAAGCUGAUGUGCACUUCGAUACCCAUGAGGAUGCUGUUGCAGCCAUGCUCAAGGAUCGGUCCCAUGUUCACCAUAGGUAUAUUGAAUUGUUUCUGAAUUCGUGUCCAAAAGGAAAAUAAGACUUCCAGGGACUCCAGAUGAUAAGGACGAAGCAAGAAGCAUUUCAUUUGCACACCUUUCUUGGACAUGGGAUAUAAAGUUCCAGUUUUUUAGCAGCAACUGCUAGAAAAAGGAUUUUGGAGUUUGGGCUUAAUCGGUUAUAAGAGAAAUUCCAUAGUGGACUGUUUAGAAAGAAAAAGGAAAGAUUCAGUUUGGGAUUAUGAAAUAAAACCACAAAUUUAAAUUUUUGUUUAAACUGUCUAGGAUCUGAUUUAAAAAUCUGGUCUUUAUUUUAUUUGAUUAAACAGUAUGUUUUCAUAUAGGA